AAAAGAAAACUCGUAACAAGCUCGUAACGAACGUAACGGACUGAACUUUUGUGUUUAUUUUUGUGUUUGUUGUUGAAUCUGAAUCUGGUUUUGCGAUUGCAAUUUGCAUGUAUGUAUCGCGAUGAUUGUAUUGUGAAUCUGAAUCGUGUUUUCAGUAGUAAUUUUAAUAAUGUGCAUUUAUGUUGAAGUGUUUUUUUUUAAUGUGUAAUUUUAAAUUAUAAAAUGUGAGCUGAGGUGUUGGAUUAAUACAGCCAUGCGGUUUUAGAACCUUUUCUACUGUAAAACAUCAACUUGGCACGAUGAUAUGUGUCCUAGUACGCGUUCAGAUUGGCAGCGUUUCACACGCUUUGUGAAUUGCGAAUAAUUCAACAUGGAUUUAUAUCGAUUGGAUCCUUCUAUGAGAAAAGGUUUUUCCGAAAGGGCUUCUCAUUUUCAAAGAACUGAUGUAACUUCUGCGGUAUCGCAUCAUGGAGACUUAUCUAAAUUUCCCAGUAGCGACCUUUUGAGUAGUUCUGCUUGGAGUUCAGUUAUUCAUCAACCGGAUCAAGAUUCUGAUCCUGAAGAUCUCCCGUCCACUGUCGAUAUUGAUGCUAUUAAGGAACCUCUUACUCCAGUAAACGCGUCAGCUCAAACACCUGCCGAUCAGCUCCAUGGGGAUAAUCAUUCAUUUGAGUUGAGUGAUGAACAGAAUAUCGGAGAGAGUGGUUCUGACUCUGAUUCCGAUUCGGAAAGUGGAAACAGUGAAAAUGAGAAUGCUGCCAGUGGAGGUGAUUCGGAGAGCUGUAGUGACUCUGACUCCGUUUCGAGCCACCCUAGCUCAAGUAGCAGUAAAGAUAAACCGCCAUCUUCACGUGCUUCGCGUUCUAAUUCACCGAUUUUUGCGCAUAACAGUCAACAACAACAGUUUGCAGUGAGAGAAACGAAUUUUGAGCAGGGUGGCCUUAGAUUAAAAUUUUCUGCGCUGAAACGUCCGAAACAGAAGUUUGGCAACGAUAACGCCGAGAUUUCAUCUGACUCUUCUGAAUCUAAAAUCGAAUGUGAUGGCCGGCUGAAGAAUAAAAAAAUGUUCACUUUUAAAGCGAGGAACGAUAUUAAAAAUAGAUCCGCGUUUUUGGCGAAAAAACAGCCAAAACGUCUUAAUUCGAACGAUAAAGACUCUGGUAGUGACUCUUCAUCAUCAUGUCACACAAGUCCUGAAAAACUGUACAAUCCUUGGAAUCCAAAAGCACGUCUUACUAUGCAAUCAAAUUUUAGAAUAGAAGCUGGCAUCAGCCGUUCGAAAGCCGCAGUAUUAGAUAAAACUUGUGGCAGUGUCGGUAGAGAUACCAAAAACGAAAGAUUGAUUAGCCAUUCAACGAAUAAACAAAAUGAUUUGACUAGAAGUAUGUUUUGGAAUGCUAAAGAGUCAGCAUCCUUUGGUAUAAUGCAUUCUAAAUAUCGUGCUUUAAAUAAAACAUCUUUUGAGUCACCUUCGUUGAAGUUACCUCAGACGUGUAAACUAUCCGAAGAUUCAGACGAAAGUUUAGAUAAUUCCAAAACGUUGUCGAAAAAUGCCAAUAAAAAGGAAAACGAUCGUGACACAAUAGAAAAAUUAGCUCAACAAUUGACUCAACCAGGCAUCGCAACAGAUCAAUUACAAGUAUUGAACGAAGAAGACUUGGCAGCCGUAUUACCAGAUGUGGAAGGCGGUACAAGCGGUGUAGGUGAAUUUGAAUUUGCGGAAGGCAGCGCAGCAGGAAGAAAACGAAUUCAGCCGAGUGCGGAAAACAAAAAAGUCGAUUCAUCGGAUUCGAGUAGCGAUACCGAAAUGUUCCCUAAGCAAAAGCAAAUUGUUAGAGAUGUAAUCAACAGUAUACGUAUUGAUUCGGAUUCUUCCAACGUCAGCGGUGACUCGAACCUCAAGCAUAGAUCAUCAGACGACAAUUCUUCCUCCAAUGACGAACAUGAAAAACGAAAACGGAAUGAAAAGUAUUCAUCGAACUUAUCAGGUCCUCGAAACAAACAAGUUGUUCGUUUGGAUAAAAACAACGUUAAAAAUUCACCAAAAUGGAGUAAAGCUUCUAAUAUUUCAACUUUGAAGGAUAUGAAUGAUAAAAAUGUGGUCACGAAGAAACGUGGAAGACCGCCUAAAAUUAAAACCGUACCAACAACUGAUAUAGAAACGUACGUGCGUCUGGAUUGCUCAGUUUCUAAUGUUUCACCUGACAGUGGUAUCCAGUCUAAUGCUGGAUCUCCUUCAUAUCAUACUUUGCCUUCUUCAUCAAGGACGAUGCAUAAUCAGAAUUUGCGUUCCACCGGAAACAAACUCGCCUCCGUGUCUUCAAAAUCGUUAAGCUUAACGCGAAAAGCAGUAUUAUCGGCUUCAAAAAAGAAAAAUAUGAAGGAAAUUAAUACAACUCGGGAGGCCGGUAAAGCUGUCACUUCCCAAUUCUAUAAAAGCAAAGGUGAAGUGGAAAAGAAAUCAACGUUAGCUCAAAAGCAAACAGUCCGUUCGAAGACGACCAAUGAAAUUAUAAGAACAUCGGCCCGCUUCGAUACAAAAAUUCUGCAAUCCGCACCCAGUGCGGAUCUAUCUCAUUUGCUUAAGCACCGAGCUGAAAUAGAAAAGAAAUCUGCGUUAACCGUGAAGCAAGUAGCACGUACGAAGGCGAUCAGCGAUUUUGUUGAAACACCCUCUUAUUUCGGUCCAAAGCUUUCACAAACUGCGUCAAAUAUGGAUGCUAUGCAUAGUGAUUUAACGUUAUUCCAAGGCAAAAGAGGUCCGGGCAGACCAAAAAAACUAGUUCCCGCCAAGGUGAAUGGCAAAACAAAAUCUGAGAAGACACUGCCUUUUGAACUAGACGGACCGUACGAAAAAGCUAAUUAUCCUAUACAGAAACCUUCAAUUGGUUCGUCCGAUGAUUACAAAACCAACUCAAAGAAAUUGAAAUACUUUGGCUCUGUCGAUAUGUGUUUAGAAGGUAAAAAAAACAAUAAAAAAAGAAAAUCUAAUCUCGCACCGGUUUUGUAUGAAUCUUUGACGCCUCCUGUCUCUCAAAAAAUGCCUUUGUGUCCUGUCCGGAUGGAGUGGCUACGUAAGCAUAAGAAACGCAAGAAGAAAGAUAGCAAAGAAAAAAACGUUAACACGGAAGUAAUGAAGAUGAUUGAUGAUUUAAUCGAUACGUUCGACAAGAAAUGCAUUAUUGAAGAAAGAAAAAUAUCUAAACUUACUCAUCGGUCAAAAGAUAAGCCGAAGAAGAAGAAAAAUAUGGAAAAAGUGAAGCAUAGUGAUAAUGAAUUUGAGUUUGAACCUGUCCCACCUGCUUCAGUUACCACAAAUAUUGCCUGUAAUAAACGAAGAAAUAAGAAAAGUGCCAUUGAAACCCCGAAAGUGUCGCAUACCAGCGAACAAAGGUUACCAUUAAAAAAACGUCAUUACCAUGUAUCCGCAUCUUCGAUUACCAGCAAUGGUCACCAGAAUAAUGGUGAAAGCAAGAACCGGACUGAAAAACAGUUGCUUUCGUAUUCGAACGAAACUGUGUCCCUGUUACCAAUCAGUACUGAAAAUGUUGUGAAAAUCAAUGAAAAUGUAAAAUCAAAAGUGGACGGCCUGAAAACAUCAUCAAAAUCAGACACCCAAAAAUUUGUAUCAAAGAGUGAAGACGUCAAAUCAACAACAAAACUAGAAUCAAACAAAACAUCCAUGAAAGUUGACUCGUUGAAAGUUUCAUCCAAAGAUACGAUCAAAAAUCUGCCUAAAAACGAACUGCUCAGAGGUUCUAACAAAUCUGAUUAUCGUAAAGUACCUGCCAAAGUUGUCAAUCAGCAUCCUAGUAGAAGUGAACCGAACAAAAAAAGUAAACUAGAUUCUGGCAAAGAUGAACCCGAUGUAAUGGGUAGUAACAAUAAUGCUGACAAUGUUACCAUGGUGGUCACUCCGAACAAAAAAUCCCGAACUGUUGAAGAGAAAAAAACUACUAGAAGCGCAGUCACAAAAGAAUUAUUGCCAUUCUUGCCUCUCAGAAGGUCUGGCAGGAGUGUCGCCAAGAAAGAAGAGUCAACCUCACCGGAUAGGAAAUCAAAAUCUAAUCAAAAAAACAAAGCGGUUAGAAAUAAGAACGAAGUUGAAAUUGAUACUAAUUGUGAUGUCAAUUGUAAUAGAAGUUCCAAACGAUCCGAAAUGAUGAGUAAGGCUGACUCUACCAAUACUUCUGAAGGUAGCGUUUCUGCAAAUGGUUUAAUUUUGAAAAAAGAACAAGUUGCACUGUCGGUUGUUGAUUCGAACAACACGAAUAAUGACAAAGAAAUUGCUAGUGAAAAGAUUUUGAACGUUGGUAAUCUCGGCAACGUUACGAACACCCCAGUAAAGCUUCAAACUAACAACAAACCUCAACUCAUCACACCGUUGCCUUCGGAACCUGUACAGCAAAAUACUUCUGCAGCUACUUUAAAGCCACCAGCAGGAGUUUUCGAGCCUUCGAGAAAAUUACCCACUUCUGUGUCUAAACCAAAGAAAUCUUCUAUAGACGACGUUCUGUCAAAAUUGAAAGAAAAACUCAAGGAUUUGGACUCACCUUCAAAAAACACGACGACGUUGAUCGAGAAAAUCGGAGUAGUUAAAAAUGAUGUUAUAGAUAGCACAAAUAGCGAUCGUAAUCUUAGAUCUAAACGUCCAAGCACCGAAAAUGAUGUGACUGCUAAAAAAAGUAAAAUGUGCAAAGAUAUGAGCAUUCGGUUGCGUAAACUGUCUAAUAGCGAAUUGAUCAACAGCGGUAUUGCCACGGCCGAAGUAAAACCAAAAUUGAAGCGUCGAAAGACUAUAAACCGAACAGGAUUCCCUAUCAAGAAGAAAAAGAAACGAAGUAAAAUCGACACCGAAUCGAUUCUAAGUAUCAAUACAGACGAAGACAUUUAUUGCAACUCGUUAACAGAAGACGAAAAGACUGAUACCAAAGAUGAAAACAAUAUUGCAGAAAUCUACUUGGCAGGAAAAGUGAAAAACGAAUUAAUCGAGGAUCAAGGACAUAAGAGUCAAACUACCAACAGCUCCGUUCUUCUACGUUCUGCUGACAGCGAUGUCAGAGUGAAAAGCGAAGUGAUGAGUGAAGAUGAAAUCGUUGAAGUUGAAAAUUUGCGGCCGUCAAUCAAAAACUCCAAAAAGAAACUCACAAAACAGCUAGAUAUACCCAAUAGAGUUCUUUCAUCCCGCUGCAGUGCUCGGAUUUACAUCAAGCAACAAAUACGAGCCAGAGAGAUGAAAAAAUCGAAGAAAAAAACCGUUAAGAAAUCUAAAGUAAAAAAAGUAUUAAAGUCUCGAGCCAAUGAAAAAAUCCGAAAACCAGUUCCAACAAAGUUACUCGAACCCAGAACGUGUAAACAGAAAUAUCUUUCUGAAAAUGGUCUUAAGGAAGAAACACGCAUGAAAAAUGACAGCAAUAAGGAUUCGAAGAGUAGAGAAGAAACUGAUAGAGAAGAAUUCAGCGACUCCGAUUCCGUAAAAUAUCAAAGUUUGAAGAAGAUCGAAAUACCUAAAUGGAAGAAAAAGUAUUACAUUGCGGGGUUGUUUUCUGAUUCUUACAAAGAAGAGAAACAGAACCUUGGAGACGCGAAGAAUCGAUCCAAUUAUAAAGAAGAAGACCAUCCUCACGGCUUGUUACCACCUUCUGCUUACGCUAAUGAUUACGUACGCGAAAGGAGAGUCGACUUUAAACUACCUUACGAUUUAUGGUGGCAGCAUUCGCACAAUCAAUUGCCUGGAAGAGAUGAUGUGGUUCAUUCUUGGAAUUACAAAAAAAUACGAACUAACGUGUACUACGAUGUAAAACCAACGUACAUGUACGAAGCUCAAGCUUGUAGUUGUAAAAUACCUACAGAAAAAGAUGAACUUGGAUGUGGUGAGGACUGCAUUAAUCGUUUAGUUUACGCCGAAUGUUCUCCUGAACUUUGCCCUUUGAAGCAAAAAUGCUCCAAUCAAAAGAUACAGAAACACGAAUGGUCCCCGAAAUUGGUGAAAUUCAUGACUCAAGACAAGGGUUGGGGAGUGAAAACGAAAGAAGCCAUCAAGAACGGCGAAUUCGUCUUGGAAUACGUUGGUGAAGUUGUCACCGAUAAAGAAUUCAAGAAACGCAUGACAUCGUUGUACAAAAAUGAUAUUCAUCAUUAUUGCCUCAAUCUAGACGGUGGCUUAUUAAUCGAUAGUCAUCGUAUGGGUGGAUUUGGUCGUUUUGUGAAUCAUUCGUGCGAACCGAAUUGCGAAAUGCAAAAGUGGAGUGUGAACGGUCUAUUUCGAAUGGUGUUGUUUGCAUUACGCAAUAUUGAAGCAGGGGAAGAAUUAACGUACGAUUAUAAUUUUGCCUUAUUUAAUCCGGCAGAAGGACAGCCUUGUUUAUGCGGAUCUUCCAAGUGCCGUGGAGUUAUCGGCGGAAAAUCUCAGCGUGUUCCACUCAACAACGUUAAUAAUCCUUCUAAGAACGACCCGGCCAGUAGUACCACUUCAAAUGCUACAUCUAACGCUGACAAAAAAUCGAAUAGACUAAGGCCUCGAAAACAAAUACGCAAAAGCACGAAAGUUGAAAGCAGGCAAAAUCAGAGGAGAGAUUCAGUUGCCAGCAGCAAUAGUAUUGGUAUAUUACCUCAACGCAAUGCCUACAAUUUAACGCCUGUCAAAUUACUGACGUCGGAAGAAAAGAAAAUCGUGUUGAAUUUCCACGUAUUUCUGAUUCGUAAUUUGACCAAGAUUCAACAUUUCCGAGAAAAGCUGUUACAAAAUGCUAACAACAAAGAGAAUGCAAACAACUUGAAUCUGAAUUGUUUGGAAGACGCUGCUGCCAAAGAAUCGGCCGUUUUUGUUACUCAUUUCAACGCUUUAUCUACGCAAAGAGGUAUUACAACACGACGUUUAGCUCAAGCCCAAGAUAACCCCGAAGUGACGAAGAUAGCUCUUCUUGCGAAAGUUUUUCGAACCAUUUUCAACGAUAUGGUUUCUGCAAAAGACGAAAAAGGACAACCGUUCAGUUCACUUUUCAUGACAUUGCCUUCGAAGAGAAAACUUCCGAUGUACUACCAACGUAUAAGUGAUCCUAUAGAUCUGACUACUAUCGAGAAAAACAUCAUUACCGGAAUGUACAAAAACGUCGAACUCUUUGACAAAGACAUGAAAAAACUGAUCGCCAAUAGCGUUAAAUAUUAUAAAAGAACUUCGGAUUACGGAAUCGCAGCUGUUAGAUUAAGAAAAGAGUACAAUAUAUCGAAAUUGAAGCAUGUCGAUGAACUAAAGGAAAUCGUCGGAGAAUCAAUGCCACCGACGUUUAUGCCUGGUCAAGAGGAUCCUGGUUGGUGUGAUGAAGAAGAAGAUGUAAUCAGAUGUAUUUGCGGAUUCUAUAAAGAUGAAGGUGUUAUGAUACAAUGCGAAAGAUGUCUGGUGUGGCAGCAUUGCGAUUGCGUCAAAGGCGACCCGAAUGCUGAAUAUUAUUUAUGCGAGAGAUGCAAUCCUCGAGAACUCGAUUACGAUAUACCUCUCGAUAGUGUACCUGAAUACGCACAACCAGGAGAAAAGCAUUAUCUAACUUUAAUGAGAGACAAUUUACAAAUUAAGCAAGGUGAUACGGUUUACGUACUGAGAGAUAUUUUCAAUCCCGAAACUAAGACUAGGCAUACGUUCAAAACGAUUAAAAACUUCACAUUUGACGACUGUGAUAUUUUCCGUGUGGAGAGAUUAUGGAUAAAUGAAAAAGGGGAAAGGAUGUCAUUCGGACAUCACUAUCUGCGUCCUCAUGAAACUUACCAUGAACCAACGAGACGAUUUUUCACUAAUGAAGUUGUCCAAAUCCCUUUAUACGAAGCGGUACCUUUGGAUUUAAUUAUGGGACAGUGUUACGUUCUGGGUUUAUCAACCUAUCGUAAAGGUCGGCCGAUUGAUUCAGAUCCUGAACAUAUUUACAUUUGCGAAUACAGAGUGGAUAAGCAAGCCAGAGUAUUUUAUAGACUACCUACUUCCAAACAACCCAAAGUGUGCACCAAAAAUUACGCUUUUGAUACUUUCGAUAUCCCAUUAAAGCCUGUUCGAACGUAUGCGCCACACGGUGAAGUAAAACUUUCAUCUAAUACGUCUACGUUGUCAUCGAGUUCAAAAACAUCAGUCAACAAUUCAAAAGUUCGUGGGCCGAAAGUUGAAGAAUCGACCAUCGUUAGUUCUGAGAGUAGUCGUGUGUUGCUGGACAGCGCUACAGAAAACUCCUGUAGCAGUAUAAAAAUUGACGAAGAUGAUUUACCGCUGUCACAAUUAAGAGACUCUAAACAUGAAAAACAAAAGCAACGUCUCAAUUCAAUACUGUUGAAACUAUUGGCUAAAAAAUCGUCUACAAAGGCACCUCUAGAUGCGUCUUACUUGUUAGAUUUAGGAAGAAGAAAUCGUAAAAAACCAGAACUUUUUUCUACUUGAGUGCAGUGUACACUGUACAGGUUGAUUUUUACGGUGGUGAUGAUAAUUUAUUUAAUGUUGUGUAUGUUUUAUAUACUUACCUAUGUUUGUUUGUUUUAGUUGAGUUUACUAGGGUACUGGUUACUGGUUAGUUAUUGAAUGUCAGAUUCGUUUUACACGAGGUGAAUUAUUACUGUGAUGUUGAUGUGUAAAUCAUGUAAAUUUAAAUUGAAAAAAAAAUCUAAAGUGUUUUUGAUGUAUGACAUCUUUGUAUUCUAUAAAAAAUGUACCGGUUUUUUAUCGAAGCAACGAAAGGGACUUCAGCAUUACUGUUUGGUCGCGUUGCUAUAAACGUUGUCUUAUUUAUAAUUGUUUUUUAAUGUAUUCUUAUUUUAAUUAGUGUUACUAACUUUAUCAAGUUGGAUGUUCGUUUUUGUACGAUUGAGUAACUAGUUUUUCAGUCAGAUUUAUUAUGUUUCAAUUAGGUGUAAACAUCUCAAACUUCUCUCCUUUUUUAAAAUAUUUUUUUUGUAAACGCGUCAUCAUUGCUGAUCUGAUAUCUCUUGAAGUGAAUUUUUAUGCAUUUUUUUCUUGUAAUUUUUAAUCAUGAUUUCAUGUCCCUUAUUUUAUUUUAAUUUUUCAACUAUCGUGUUGAUGUGAAUAUUUCUCGCUAGAUCAAAUUUUUGUCACAAUAAUCGAGUAUUAGCAGGGGUUACAUAAUCCCAUUGUUGUAACUUAAUCUUUGAGAUGUUUGUUCAUUGAAAGUGUUCGCGCUUUUAGAUUUUACAUUGUGAUUUUUUUUUCGGUUUAGUUGUGCUUCAAUACCAUUUUAACUGUUAUUGUUUUGUCAUCUGUUCCAAAAAUCAAUUUUUAUAUCAGCCGGUUUUCUCCUCAACUGCCUUAUCUGAAUUCCAGUUUUAUGUUUUUAUCUUCUUUUCUAAAGCUUUCACCUUCCAAUAUUUAUGUACUUUUUCUCGUUGGGAGUAUUUUUAGUAAAUAAUUUUUUUCGUUUUGAAAAAUUGAAAUGAUGAAAAAAACUGAUACGUGCCUUAAUGCAAUAUGAAAAACUAUUUUUUUAUAUUCUGAAAAGUUUAUUUUAUUACUUAUAAUCAAAUUUUGAAUAUGUAAUAUAAUUUUAGCUGUACUUGAUAGAUAUUUUUUUAAUGAACCAUUUUCCCUCAUGAUUAUGUAUCAACGCGUGUACCUUAUAUUAUAGUAAUUUGUUUCUUUUUCUUUCUCUCUCAAUUUUUUGCUUGAAAAUUGUCAACUUAUUGUCUGAUUACUUUUAUUUCUUUUUUUUUUUGUAAAUUUUCAAAAACAUGACAUGAAAUGUUUCAUUUUUAAUGUAUGAAAUAAAUGUGUGUUUUCAAUAACUUAACAUAAUUGUUAUAAUUUUGUAUAAUUAUCUGCCUCACUUCAUCUGCAAGGAAUCAAAAUUCGGCGAAUAAACUACUUUUCGCCGAAAUUUUUUUUUUUUCUGCAGGUCGUUUUCGAAAUAUUCAAGAUUUUGAAUGAUUUUAAUCACUCAACUCUUAAGCAAUAUUUUCGAUCCUUUCA